UUUUUCGCAGAUUAUUGAGUGAUCAAAGAAAUGGAGAACUCCUCGUCAAAUCUAAGCUCGCUUCCUGAAGAGGAUUCGCAAACUGGUGGAACUGCCGCUCAGAGUUCUAGCAAAUCUCCAUCGGCUUUCUCUUCCAAGCCUGAUCGUCCUCCAAUUCAGACUUCAUCACAAAAAUAUGCACCAUUAGAAUGGUCAGACUACUUUGACCAAGAAGAUGAUGUUCGCAUCCCAGACUCUGAAAAUGUAUUUCACUUCUAUAAGGCAGGGAAUGAGGGUCCAGUUGUUUUAUGUCUCCAUGGUGGGGGUUAUUCAGGGCUCUCAUUUGCUCUGUCAGCAAAACUAAUUAAAGAGAAAGCUAGAGUAGUAGCAUUGGAUUUGAGGGGACAUGGGAAGUCAUACACUGAGAAUGAUUUAGAUCUAUCUAUUGAGACUCUUUGCAAUGAUGUAGUGGCUGUUGUGAAGACAAUGUAUGGGGAUUCUCCUCCAGCAAUUGUGAUGGUUGGCCACAGUAUGGGAGGUGCACUUGCUGUUCAUAUUGCUGCAAAGAAAGUGCUUCCUAGCCUGGCUGCGCUGGUUGUUGUGGAUGUUGUUGAGGGUACAGCAAUGGCUUCGUUAAUACAUAUGCAGCAGAUCUUAUCAAAUCGAAUGCAACAUUUCUCCAGCAUUGAGAAAGCGAUUGAAUGGAAUAUCAAAGGAGGCUCUUUGAGAAACGUCGAUUCUGCUCGUGUCUCUAUCCCCAGUACACUAAUCUAUGAUGAUUCAAGAAAAUGCUAUACCCACCGAGCUAGGCUGGUAGAAACUGAACAAUAUUGGAGAGGAUGGUAUGAAGGUCUUUCAGAAAAGUUUUUGGCUAGUCCUGUACCAAAACUCUUACUUCUGGCAGGAACUGAUAGGCUUGACAAAACUCUCACAAUAGGCCAAAUGCAAGGAAAAUUUCAAAUGAUGGUGGUUAGGCACACCGGCCAUGCCAUACAGGAGGAUGUGCCGGAUGAAUUCGCCAAUCUGAUCCUCAAUUUUAUAUCGCAUAAUCGGAUUGGCCCUCAUGGAGUUGUGAUCCCAGGACUUCGCCGUCCGUCACAAUAGAGAGUCGAGCAUUGAAGAAAUGAAAGGCAGCAAUGACAUUUAUUUUUAAAAAAACAGGGCCUGUAACUAUAUUGGUAUGUUUUUGAAGUUCCAGAUUUCGUUAAUAACAUCUGUAUGCUGUCUAUGGCUCUAUGCCGUCAAAAUAUAACAUUGGUUGCAGUAAAAAGUUGUGUCAUUAAACUA